AUGGCUUCUACCGACAAUGCCGAGAAGAAGAUCGACGAGCAUAACCGUGCUUCAGAUUCAUCCAACGUCGAAAAAGGUGAUAUCAUUCCGCGAAAUGAAAACGCUGCUACGAGACACGAAGAUCAAACAAUUGCCAUUCUCGAACUCGUAAAGGCUCAAGAUGAACAUCAUCCUAUGCAUUGGCCUGCCUUCAAACGAUGGGGUAUCGUGGCGGUUUAUUGCAUGUUACAGACAUUUGUUGCUCUGACCAGUACAACUUAUGUAUCUGCUGAAUUCUUGAUCCAAGAGAAGUUUGGAGGAACUACUCAAGUCGUUACUCUGGGUCAGAGUAUGUUCAUUUUGGGAACAGCUGUCGGUCCUAUCUUCUUGGGUCCAUUAUCUGAUCUUGGUGGCCGCAAGUGGAUUUAUGUUAUCAGCAUUGCAUUCUAUGCAAUUUUGAACUUUGGAACCGCAUAUGCUCUUAACCUUCCUAUGCUUGUUAUCUUUAUGUUCCUUGCUGGCACGGCAGGUUCUACUGCUCUUUCUAAUGUCGCUGGUACAAUUGCGGAUCUGUUUGGUGACAUUGAUGGUGCCGGACAAGCAAUGGCACUCUUCGUCAUGUCUGCAAACAUUGGUCCAUCUCUUGGAUCUCCCGUUGGAGAGUGGAUCGCCGACAAUGAAAAUAUGGGUCUCAAAUGGAUCUUCUUGAUUAACGUAAUUAUCGGAUUCGCAUUCUCUAUCUUGUUGUGUUUUAUCCCAGAAACAUUACCAAGAUUGGUCAUCGCCAAAGCAGCUGCAAAGAGUGAAGCUGUCGAUGAGCAAGAAGCUGCCAUCUUGACAAGUAGACUCAAUGUUCUCCACGAAAUGAAGUUCAUCACAACCAUGACAUUCAGAAUCAUGUUCACAGAGCCCGUCGUUAUAUUCCUCGGGUUGUACAACGGUUUCGCCUACGGUAUUCUCUUCUUAUACCUUGAUGGUGUGUUUGAUGUUUUCGUCGUCAACAAUGGUCUCACUUACAUCGGUGCCGAUCUUACAUACCUUAAUUUCGUCGUCGGAGUAGUGGUCAUGUUUCUCUUCGUUCCGGUUCAAACUUGGUUCUACGCGAGAGAUCGUAAGAAGCAUGGCAUCAACCGCCCAGAAGCUAGAUUCAUCACUUCUUUGGUUACCGUCUGGCUUUUCCCAAUUACACUUCUUUGGUUCGCAUUCACAUCUGAUGGAAGCGUAUCUUAUUGGUCACCAGUUGUAGCAGGUGGUGUUCUUGGUUUUGCAGAUCCAUUAUUGUGGCUUAGUAUGCUUAAUUACAUUACUGACUCUUAUCCCAACGUCGCCGGUGCAGCAAUCGCAGCUUUCCUCAUUCCAUCUUUUGCUCUCGCAGCAGGUCUCGCCCAUCUCGGUGUCCUCAUGUUCGAUAACAUGUCUACGAAAUGGGCUAUGGGUACUAUUGGAUUCAUUAGUAUUGGUCUUUGUGCUUUGAUUUACUUUAUCUAUUUCUUCGGUGCAAAGAUUAGAUCGAGAUCAACGCUUGCGAGAAACUAUUAA